UUGUGCAAACACAUCUGUCUCUCCAAGAGCCAGGUCAUGGAGUCCCUCGGUGCAGCACACAUUCACUUGGGGCUCGAUCUUCUCAAAGAACUGAAGAAAACAAAUGACGGCAACAUCUUCUUUUCCCCCGUGGGCAUGUCCACUGCCAUCGGCAUGCUCCUCCUGGGCACACGCGGAGCCACGGCUGCCCAGUUACGGAAGGUACUUUAUUCUGAAAAAGACAUGGAAAUCUCCGGAAGACAGGUUGAAGAAAAAGAGAUUGAGAAGAGAGAAGAGAUCCAUCACCAAUUCCAAAGGUUUUUGACUGAAAUAAGCAAAGUCACUAACGAUUAUGAACUGAACAUAGCCAACAGGCUGUUUGGAGAAAAAACAUUCCUCUUCCUUCAAAAAUACUUAGAUUAUGUUGAAAAAUAUUACCAUGCAUCUCUGGAACCUGUUGAUUUUAUAAAUGCAGCAGAUGAAAGUCGAAAGAAGAUUAAUUCCUGGGUUGAAAGCCAAACAAAUGAAAAAAUCAAGGACCUGUUUCCAGAGGGCUCUCUUAGCAGCUCCACCAAGUUGGUGCUGAUAAACACAGUUUAUUUUAAAGGGCAGUGGGAUAGGGAGUUUAAGAAAGAGAAUACCAAGGAGGAGGAAUUUUGGCUGAAUAAGAACACCAGCAAAUCUGUGUGGAUGAUGGAACAGUGCCAUUCUUUUAGUUUCAUUUUCCUGGAGGACUUGGAGGCCAAAAUCGUGGGGAUUCCAUAUAAAAACAAUGACCUCAGCAUGUUCGUGCUUCUGCCAGACGACAUAGAGGGUCUGGAGAAGAUUAUAGAUCAAAUCACUCCAGAGAAAUUAAUAGAGUGGACUAGUCCCGGGCACAUGGAGGAAAGGAGCGUGAACUUACGCUUGCCCCGGCUGGAGGUGGAGGGCACCUACGACCUGGAGCCGGUCCUGGUGGCCGUGGGGCUGGAGGAGGCCUUCAGCGAGCUGGGCGCGGACUACUCAGGGAUGUGCCUGCGCUCUGGGCUGCAGGCGCAGAAGUUCCUGCACAGGUCCUUCGUGCAGGUGACCGAGGAAGGCGCGGAGGCCACGGCGGCCACCGGCAUAAGUUACAUUGUCUCUUCAGCCCUGGGCUGUGAGCAAGUCCACUGCAACCACCCCUUCCUGUUCUUCAUCAGGCACCGUGAGUCCAGCAGCAUCCUCUUCUUCGGCAGAUUUUCUUCUCCCUAAGAAAAGUCAUGGCCAUGACGAGGUUGCUUAAAGCAAGAAGCAGUCUUGGAACCUGAGUAGGAUCCUGGAAAUCGUUCUUGCAUUUACAUUUUGAGUUGCUGGCCUUCCCAUCUUAACAUUAAAUCGGUGAUUUAAUGACUGUAAUAGUGGGUAUUUAGAACUUUCCUUGAAAGUGAAACUGCCUUUCGUUUGUGCCGUGCAUAAUGUGAUUCAGACCCACGCUCCUUGAUACUCCCCCUUGGUCUCCUUUGAAAGUAAAUCAACGUCUUGUAAAUUUUUGUGCGUCCGUGGGGAGAAAUGGUAUCUUUGAUAAAGAGAAUGGAUUCUUCUUGGGAUUUUAGGGGUCUCUCUGGUUCUACUAUUUUGGCAUGUUAUACAAGUAAAAAUAGAACAAUAAUUCAAUUUAUGCAUUACUUCUUUCUUUCUCAACAGAUAUUGUGGUAAAGUGCACAUAGCAAAGAGAAUUUGGCAAACACAUUAGGGAAACAUAAUUAAAAUGCAAAAGGCCAGAGCAAAAUGAAACAAUAUUCCAGAUCGAGAGGAUGCCUUUAUUUUCACCUUCCACUUUAACAGUCUAUUACCCUCAGUUUCAUAAACAUUUUGAUAUUUGAAAUGAAUGUGAUAAUCGAGGAGGAAGAUGCUGCAGUCAUCAGUGUCCUACAUUGUCGCUAUUUUAGGUUUUGGAAAGUAAAUACUUGAACAAACUUUUAGAAGAGUAGUUGUCCCCGUUUAUGUAUUUCUCUUAAUUUUUGAGUGAAGCAUGGAUAUUACCAAAUGGUAUUAUUUUCUUUCUGAGUUGCUGGGGACUGAACCCAGGUUGGCUUGCAUAGUAGGCAAACACUCUAAUAUCCCUGGUCCCCAAAUGGUAUUUUCUUGAAGAAAAACGUUUUUAAAAAACUUUGAAUCUUUUCCUGGUGCUCUUCAUUAUGAGCCUGUUUUAUUAGUUUUUAGUAAGAUCACAUUACUGACUUAUUUUUCAACAAUUUUGCUGAAAUAAUUUACCUACCAUAAAAUUUGUGUAUAUUGCAAAUUAUAGCGAAUUGAUUUUUGGUAAAUUUUCAGAGUUGUGCAUCCGUCAUCCAAAUCCAGUUUUGGAAGGUUUCCAUUACCCCUAAAAACUUUCCUCAAGUUCAUUCCCAUCUCUAACUCCAGCCAGUCACUGAUUUGUUUUCUGUUUAUAAUGUUUUCUUUUCUACAUUUCAUAUAAAUGGAACUAUAUUGGAGACAAUAUAUUUUGUGUAUCUUCCUUCAUUUGCUAAAUGUUUUUGAGUUUCAUCCUUUUGUAGCAGGUAUUAAUGCUUUCUAAAGAUUAUUAAUGCAUUUUAACUACACAAAUAAUGGAGUUCAUUGUAGCAUGAGAAGAGUCUUAAUGCAUUUUUAUUGCUGAAUAUUGUUCUGUUUUGUGGAAAAGAUGCAUUUAUUUAUCUAGACACCAGCUCAUGGACCUUCGGCUUGGUCCCACUCAUUGCCAUUGUGAGUUAUGAAUAUUUGUGUACAGGUCUUUGUGUGAACGCAGGUUUUCAUUUCUUUUAGGUAGAUUCCUGAGAGUGUCACUGCAGGUUUAUGUGAUAAUUUGUUUAGCUUUUUAAGAAACUGCAAAGUAUUUUCGAUUGUGUUAGACUCUUUUUACAUUCCCAGUGUAUAAAGUUCCAUUCUCUCCACAUCCCUGCCCUUCGGGUUUUCACGAUUACAGUCCUGGUAGUGGGUGGAGAUGGUAUCCCAUUGUGGUUUUAAUUGACAUUUCCAUGAUUAAUUAAGUUGAUCUUUUUAAUGUAGUUAUUGGCCAGUUGUACGCCUUCUUAUAUUCUAAUCGUUUGCUCAUUUUAAAAUUGAGUAGUUUGUCUUUUUCCUUUUGAAUUAAAGACUUUUUUACACACUUUGGCUGUAAGUCCUUUA